AUGAACAAGUACCAACAGAAAUACGUCGAGGCUGUGUUGCACCAAGCUUUCGUGGACGGUAGGCAGUUCGACGACAUCGACCAAGUCGAGGCCUUCUUCAGAGAGAACAGCGUGCCGGCAGACUUCGACAAGAAUUCGCGAGACAUCUUCAAUAUAUUCCUGCGAGUCAAGGCCCGAAGCCGCUUGCCAUUGACUCCAGAUGGGUCCAACCUCGGCUCGACCGGUCCUCCUUCGGGAGAAGCACAGCCUGAUGGAGACAGAUGCGAUGCGGACGUAUCGCCCACCUUCACGGAUGAAGACCCAUACUGCAUCAGUUUCUGGGUCGCGCGAGCCGAUGAAUUCAAGGUAGCCAGUGCAAGGCGAUGUUUAGGGAAAGAAUGUUUCAUGUCCAGAGACGUCGCAGAGUUGAACCGUCUCGACAUUAGAGAUCAGCGAGUGCUUCUCAAGUGGCACCCAACAGGCAGGAGGCUCGUGCCGUUCUGGCAGACAUGGUAUCGCAUUGUUGACCAGCAGACCAUUGAGGGCUGCGAAGUCGCCAUAGGCGAGGAGUGCUCGACGCAAGAUCACGACCUCCUAGACAGCGACGAGAUCGAGAGCAGUGAGGAUGCCACCACCGAGGAGCUCGUAACAGCUCGGUCUAGGGAUCUAGUAUAUGAUUCCCAGCCAACCUCGCAGUUGGAUGAAGCCGAGUUCGAGCAGACAUUGGCGCGCCUAAAUAUGUACUCGGCUCUGAAUGUGGUCAACGCAAAGCGGAAAGCCGCACCACCUGCCCACGCGCAGUCGUCGUCCCAGGGCUCCAAAAGGCACAGAACCAGCUUGGGUGGCUCAAGUGCGCAGAGCAUGCAGAGCAAUGCUCGCCAACCGUUCUGA